UGUAAGACUUGUAGCAUUGGAUUGGAGAAUACAUAUUAUUCUUCUAAAAAUGCCCAUGGCCUUUUUCUUGGUGCCAUUAUUUCGCAUUUUCUUUCAGAAACUCAGAGGUCUCCCCAGAAGUGUAAGCAGCAACAACCAUGCAACCGGCAUAUCACCAAGCCAGUCUAAAAAUCACAACUCGUUCGGUUCUCUUUACUCUCAAAGAUCGAACCUCACGAACCAAACUUGGAUCGUCUUUGACGUUGAAGGAGCUCUACUGAAAUCCUCUUGUUUGUUUAAUUACUUCAUGCUCGUGGCUUUUGAAGCUGGAAAUUUCUUAAGGGCACUUGUUCUUUUCCUUUUAUGCCCUAUCAUAUUUUUCGUCAGUGACGAAUUAGGGUUGAAAAUAAUGGUGAUGGUCUGCUUCUUUGGGGUUAAGAAAGACAGCUUUAGAAUUGGCACGGCUGUUUUGCCUAAGUUCUUCUUGGAAGAUGUUGGGUUGGAAGCCUUUGAGGUGCUUCAAAGAGGUGGGAAUAAAGUUGGUGUUAGUAAGCUACCGCAAGUAAUGAUCGAGAGCUUCUUAAAAGACUACUUGGAGAUUGAUAUGGUGAUCGGGAAGGAGCUAAAGGCGUUUGGUGGAUACUUUUUGGGUAUCAUGGAGGAAGAGGAGAGCCAUAUUGUUUCGCCGCUUUGGGAAGAACAAGAACAUGGUGGAGAUGAUGACAUGGGCUUUGAUACAAUUGGUAUCUCUACCUCCAACAAAUUUAAUGAUCACCAACUAUUCUCUUACUGCAAGGAAGUUUAUCUAGUGGGAGAUUCAGAUAAGAGGAGCUGGAAGAACCUACCAAGAGACAGAUACCCAAAGAAGCUCGUUUUCCAUGAUGGUCGAUUGGCUCUCAUACCAACCCCACUUGAAACCCUAGCAAUAUUGAUGUGGUUACCACUAGGAAUUGCCCUAGCAAUCUUCAGAAUCAUCGUGGGGAAAUCACUGCCUUACGACGUGUCGUUCCCUCUACUGUGUUUCAGUGGUCUACGACUGACUUUGGGAGGUCCAAAAGCCCAGAGUGAAACCCUUCCAAAGGACAAGCCUAGAGGUACGCUUUACGUUUGUAACCAUAGAACCCUGCUAGACCCUCUCUACAUUUGCGUCGCACUGAAGAAAAAUCUACACGCUGUAACGUACAGCCUAAGCAAGAUGUCUGAGAUCCUCUCACCAAUCAAGACCGUCCGAUUAACAAGAAAUCGCCAUCGAGACGGAAAGAUGAUGGAGAAGUUGUUGAAUCAAGGGGACGUCGUUGUUUGCCCCGAAGGAACGACAUGUCGUGAACCCUACCUCCUUAGGUUUAGUCCCUUGUUUACAGAAAUUAGUGACAAAAUAAUUCCUGUUGCAAUCAACACCCACGUCGGCAUGUUCCAUGGCACAACUGCUGGCGGGCUCAAGUGCUUGGACCCACUUUUCUACCUGAUGAACCCCUCACCGAUCUACACCGUUCAGUUGCUGGAGAAGGUAUCCGGGCUGUCCACUUGUCGUGAUGGGAAUAGAUCAAGCUUUGAUGUGGCUAAUUACGUGCAAGGUGAGAUUGGCAAGGCAUUAGGGUUUGAAUGCACCAAGCUUACAAGGAGAGAUAAAUACUUAAUUUUGGCCGGGAACGAAGGUAUUGCUUCCAAAUGUACAAUUUAAAUCCUGAGUAUAGUAACGUCAGAGCGUCGUAUUUUCCGAUUACAUUUAAGUGAACCAAAUUGAAAGUGAAAUCGGCUUGUUACAUCAAAUUGUUUGGAUGAGUUGGUAAUCUAACACAAAAUAAUUUAUGUGGUUCACUAAUGUAAUCUAAAUAUGUGUUUGCUUUAGUUGAAUCUCAUACGUUGCAAUGUAAGGUUAAGUGUGUGAAUAAUAACCGUUUAUCAAUUAGGGUUUCUUAAUCAGAGUGGACAAACUGAACGUGUCCUUUAUCUUGUGUCCAUUUAAAGUCUUUGCUUUGGUUUCAAGCUAAUGUAGUAGGUUUAUUUUAUACACACCCCACAAUUUUAUGAAAACACCCCACAUUAUAAAACUUUCUCAAAAAUUCCAACGUUGUUCCUCAUUUUUUUGAAGCCACCCCACAUCCCCACUCCAAAAAACAAAAAGCACACUCGGCAGCCCCAAUUCGACAACCAAGUAUAUUUGAUUACCUCCAUAAACAUCGGCUGGAAACUCCAAUUUCUUUGGUUACAAUCCAACACUUCGACUCAUCAACCCGGAUACUCCUUUACCUUUAUCACUUUCGUCGUCGAAAUCGUCCUCGCG